UGUGGGUGGGUGUAGGAUUUGGAAUUAGCUGUAGCCACAGGUAAUAGCCAAACAUUGGGAGACUCACGGCAUAACAAGACUAACACUAAGACUGAGUUUUAAAAACAAAAAAAGGAGACAACGCCAAAAAGCCCAGCUGUGUUAUUCGGUCGAGGCACCCGACGUUAGGUUUGCAAAGUUUGUUGGAAGUAAAGUCACCUGGAAAUCUGUGGGCGGUUGAAAUCCGUCUUUCUUUCUCUGUCUUAAGCGCUAGCAGACGUUUUCUCCGUGAGACUUCCGCGGUUUGCUCGCUGAACAAGUUAUCUGGGAUAAAAGACAACCACAAACAAACCACAAUCCUCUUAUGCGGUCCCAGGUAUUCUGAGCCAUGCCUGGCCACAGUACAGGGGCUCCCCAGGCGUCCAGCCAGCACAAACACCACAUCUCCAGCUCCAAGUACCGACAGACUGUAACUAUAUCCAGGGAGAGCACAGCCAGCCAAGACUCCUACAAGGCUCCUCAUGGGGAGCAUCUACAUGAGCACCACGCUGAUCACUCCCGGUAUUCAGAGAACAAGUAUGGUCGCAGCAAAGGCCACCCGAGAAAUGGCACGGGUCGGGGCUCGGAGACUAUUGGAUUUAUUCCAGGGUCAGCAGACAGCACGCCUGCCGGCAGACAUGCCUGUGGCUCCUGUGCCUCCAUGGGCUGGAGUGGCUGUAAGGCUCUUAUCUGCUGUAUACUAACCUGUGGAUUUUAUGGCAGCCGAGAGCCCUGCCUGCCUGUUAACGAAAGCUCCACAGACCAUCCCCCUAAAGCAGGCAGUGAGCCUCAUGCUCCUAAUGGCAUGGCUGUGACCAACCCCACCUGCGGCAUCCCUUUGGAGUCCAGUAAGUCUACCAAAGCCUCUAAGUUGCCCACGAGUGACAGCUUCCGCUACCCGGAUGUGCGCAUCGCAGGUCAGACGGUCAGGUAUCCGGUUUCUGCCCCCAAACGAACCCGUGCGCCUGGCAAGGGGGAAAGCCAGCGGCCUGUGAGCAACACCAGCCUGUUAUCCCGUGAGGACUACGACUUGGAUGACCUGAGUGACACAGGCACAGACAUUGACUCUCUUAUCACCAAGAAGCUGCUGGAGCUUUACGCCCUGCACCAGAUCGACCAGCUGGCCAAGUGCACCUCAGACUCGUCUUUCUCCCGCAAGACCAACGAGAUCAGCGAGCUCAUCUACAGCAUCGCCCAGGACUACAACCUGGAGGAGCAGGAGGCCGAGUGCAAGUUGGUGCACGGGGUCAUCCGCAUCAGCACGCGAAAGGGCAAGAGGAACAAGAGCCAUCAGUCGACAGGACAGCGUCCUAACGGGAGGAGCGAAGGGACUCUCCGCGACAGCGGCAACGAGACCAUGACCAACACUUUAUUUAGCAGUGAAUUUCCAGAGGUGAAGGUGUCGGAGCAGACGCCAUCAGAUGAGCUGGCAAGGAAGAUGAGACAUUACAGCGGGAGAACGUACUCCUCCAGCACCGCCACAGCCUACUCGGCCUACCAUCAUGACACCGAAACAGACUCUUCAGGCGCUCCUCUUCUUCUUCUCUGAAGGCUGAUACAGACACAAACGUACCUUUACUGACAAGUGAUGUAGCCAACUACAUGGACCAUGUUAUCCUUUUGCUAUCAUUUUAGUUGUUGUUGUUGCUGUUACUGAGUGGAGCACCUUUUACCCUGGGCGGUGGUACUUCUGCUUUUAAUGGUCCGGCUAAUGUUUGCUAUUGGAGUGUCAUUUAAUUUCAUGGACCUUUUUAUCUCUCCAGCAAAUGACCCACUGAGGAAACACUUAUUUUUUUACACGGGGAAAGACAAUGCAAGUUUUUAUGUAUUAGUAUGCAGUGUUUUUAAAGUUGUUUUCAGAAAAAGAAACAUGACUACACUUCAUGCAACUAGCAGUCAUGCCAGAGGUGAGAGACUGAUGGUAGAACGUAACCGUCCUCAUUCUUGUCCGUGUUUGUGUAUGCAAGCCGUUGUGCACAUAUCGUUUGCAUGUAUGGGCUUAUUGACUCCUGCCAUUUGUACACCUCAAAAGCAUGUUUUGACAUGAAAACUGCAUUGUUAAGCCAUAUUUUUUUAUGUACAUAUUUGUAUGUCAAUGUUACUCUCUGGGUUUUUGAACCAUUUGUGGUAUUUGGCCACACUUUUUUUUUAUUCACAGAUAAAUCCUGUUUUUAACAAAAUAAAAAUCUCCAUGCUUGUUUA